UAAGGGAGCAAGGCCCUUCAGCAUUUUGGAGAGGCUGGGCUGGGAAAUUCUUUGGUUAUGGUAUGCAAGGUGCUUGCAGAUUUGGCCUGUAUGAAUACUUCAACAAGGUUUACUCAAAUGUUCUGGUGGAUCAGAACAAGGGCUUUAUCUUUUUGCUCAGCAGCAUGUCUGCGGAAGUAAUUGCAAAUGUGGCUCUCUGCCCUUUUGAGGCCAUUAAAGUUCGGGUCCAAGCACAGCCUCAUUAUGCGAAGGGUUUGGCAGAUGGUUUUCCAAAGCUGUACAUGUCAGAAGGACUUCAUGGCUUGUUCAGAGGACUUAUUCCACUGUGGGGUCGUAAUCUACCAUUCUCAGUGGUCAUGUUUUCGACAUUUGAGCAUUCGGUGGACUUUUUGUAUCGAAAAGUAAUGCAAAUGAAAAAGGAAGAUUGUACGAAAGCUCAACAGCUCGGAGUAACGUGCUUGGCUGGAUAUGCUGCUGGAUCUGUUGGUAGCAUUGUUUCCAAUCCUGCUGACAACAUUGUUGCCUCUCUUAACAACAAGAAAGCCAAUAGCCUUAAGCAGGCUGUGAAGAGAAUUGGGUUUGUUAAUCUAUUUACAAGAAGUCUUCCAAUUAGGAUUAUGCUGGUUGGGCCUGUUGUGACU